UUUUAUACACUAUACGAUUACAGUAUAUCCAUUUUAUUCAUUGCUCACACUACACUCAUACAGUUAUACAGUAAGAUACACGAUCGGAUCAUCAUUUUUACAUAUUUGAAACGUUCGGGACACUAUAUCCAUUCGAACACGUCCGCCGACUGAUUCAUCGUUACAAGGGAAAGAUGAGUCUUGAAGAAAACGCGACCAAUAGACAUGGUUCUCCGGCUCACAUCCAAUUACCAGAACAACUAUCGUCCAAAUUCAUCGACAGGUUUAUCCGUUUGAAAACUACAUAUUGGAACAGAGAAUACGCAAUAGUUUUGCUUGCAAUUAUAGGUGUAUCUAUCACGUCACAGCAAUUCAAUACUUAUAUUAAAUAUAUUGAUUUUAUGAAUCAACCAAAUAAAACUGAAAAUUUCCAUCUUUAUGGCUGCUUAUCUUACAAUUUGUUUGGAUAUAUGAUCGGUUUGAUACCUGGUGGUGUUUUAGCCACUUUUUAUCCAGCUCACAAUAUUUUAGGGAUUUGCGUCGCCAUAUCGUCGAUUGGUCAUGUAAUUGUUAUCAUGAGUAUAAGUUACUUAAACAGUCUCACGCUUUGUAUCUUACAAAUGUGUAUUGGAACGACAAUGGCAGUGGGGGAUUUGUCAAUUGACAGGGUUUGGACGUAUUGGGUCCCACUGAAUAAACAGUCAAUACGCCACGUUCCAAUGGUAAUGUACUUGGUGAUAUUUGAAGAAGGAUAUCUCCGUGAUACUAUGGAUAAGCUCCACAAUGAACAUUCGUCUUAUAGUUUAACUCUAUUUAUUGGUGUGAUCGGAUUGGCCUGGUACGUUUUGUGGUUGUACGUGAUCAACGGAAAUUAUUCAUUUGGGAGCCUGAACCGUGAUUUUAUAUUGUUUGGGGGUUUAAACAACUCGCGAUAUUCUUUUGAGGCAUAUGGCAAUUCAUUAACCCGAUCAAUCGUAUCAGAUAUUCCGUGGAAAUCGAUUUGGACUUCUAAGCCGUUUCUUGCAAUAGUCGUAUUAUACGUGUGUGAUAGUCGACUUUACCAAUCAUAUUAUUAUAACACUGAUUUAUUCAGUAACGACGUUUUCGAAUGGACUAUGAGAGAUAACACUGUUGUCUUGUUGUUACUCGUCGUCGUGCUGGUCGAAUUAUUUCCAGAAAUUGCUUUACCCAUUUCCACCACCAACGUCAGAAAGAUUUGGAGUUGCUCAUAUUUCGGUUCAUUGGGCAUUAUUUUUUUUCUGGAGGUCAUUUUAGGGAAUACUAUAAAAAACAAUAAAAUGUGUCAAUAUUUGUUUAAAGAAAUGCGUCAUCUUUAUAAUUUUGGAUUCUACGUAAAUACUUUAGACAUCGCACCAAAAUAUGCUAGUUUAUUGUCUAGUUUCCUGAUGUGCAUACAUUAUUAUAUUUCUGACAUUUUAUGGGCCAGUGUCGUACGUCCAAUAUUGAGUUUUGCGAAACUUAACGAAGUUGAAAAUGCUAUCAUGAUGACGAUAAUAUGUUUUGCCGUGGCUGUGUUCUAUGGCAUUUUCGCUUCGGCGGAACUUCAACCAUGGGCAGAUGAACCUGUUGAAGAAAAUCAACAAAAUGUGGUUGAAAAUGGCAAUAAUUCAUGAUAAUUUACCAUGCACAAUAUAACAAUUAACAAUAUGAAUACUAUACAUUAUUAAAUACUACAUUUUGUAGUCGUGCGAAGACGCGAAUUAUGUUUGGUAUUUUUGAAAUAUACUAUAGCUAUGUGUUUUAACUUA